AUGCAAUCAGAGGUUGAUUCAUUAAAACAACGAAUUUCUGAGCUUGAAGCCGAAAAGGCUGAGCUCGAAGCCAAGAAUGCCGAGCUUUUAAAACAGGUUACGGAAGAGAGCACCAAACGCGAAGCUGAGAAUUUUGAGCUCAAAGCCAGGAUCGCCAAAUUGGAACAGACCGCAGAGGAAAAUACUGAGCUUAAAAAUAGAAUCACGAAAUUGGAACAGAAACAGACGCAAGCUAUUACUAAUAAACAGGAGCCAUCUUCUACAAAAGAUAUUUCACCGCCUUAUCUUAAAGCAUACAGUGCAAAUUCUAUUUCAGAAUUGACAAACGAUCAAAUCCAAAAGAUUAUCGAUAAUAUUUCUGAUUAUAAUGAGUCUAAUAUGCCUCAAGGAGGCGCCCCUAAAGGGCCAGAAAAUCACAUGAGUGAGUGGAAUUUCGACGACGGCCCGUCGCCAAAAUCAUUCAAGACGAGUGAAGAAAGUAUAUCAUCUACACCUCAACUCAAGAAGACUUUAACUGAAAAGCAAAAUAAUCCAACUCAUGACCAUGCAUACUUUCGUAAUAAGACGUUGUUGCGAUAUUCUGAUCUAUAUAAAACAUUUAUUACUGAAAAAUUUGAUUACUAUGAUAUUAUUGAGGGAUCGUUAUGCCCAGUAUGUAAAUUAAAUCAUGAAGAUGGGAAAAGUGUAAAGGUAGAUAUGAAGCUGGAACCUAUUUUAUUAUAUGUGGAAAGCAUGAAAUCGAGAUAA